UGUUUGUGUUUCUAUGCAUAAUGGCAAGGGAAGCUGCUGUUGCAUGCAUGGAAGAUAAAAACAUGAUACCCACAGCCUCACAGUUGUCUGUAAUUGGCAUAAAGCAUGAUACUCAGAUGACCCAGGUGGUGCAUGAGGAAGAAAAAGAGCCAAACCAUGCUGGUGGUAGUGGUGAUAGUAGUGGUGGUGCAGUGGUAGCAGGCUCAGAAAUAACAGGUAAAAGGAAGAGAGGGAGGCCUAGGAAGUUUGAUAUGCAUUCAGAAACAAUAUCGCGGUCGGUGUCUCCUCCUGACUUUCCUUGUUCCCUAUCUAGGACUUGUGAGAAGCGGGGUAGAGGCCGUCCCCGUGGUUCCGGUCGGCUACAACUCUUGGCUUCCCUUGGUGUUUUAGCUGCAGAAACUGCAGGAGGAAGCUUCAUUCCUCAUUUAAUUCCUGUGAAAGCUGGAGAGGAUAUUGUAAGUAAGAUUUCAUCAUUCGCCGAAAGGGGUUCUCGAGCGAUUUGCAUUCUUUCGGCCACUGGUGCUGUCUCAAGUGUUAUUAUUAGUCAGCCUGGUUCUUCUGGUGGAAUUUUGAGAUAUGAGGGCCUCUUUGAAAUUCUCUCCCUGUCUGGAUCAUUCACAGUUGAUGAAACAAGCGGUGCACACUGCAAAACUGGCAUGUUACAUGUUUCCCUGGCAAAACCUGAUGGCCGGGUUUUUGGUGGUGGUAUUGUUGGGUCUUUGAUAGCAUCUGGUCCCAUUCAACUUAUUAUUGCCAGCUUCAAGCAGAAUAUCUGCAAAGAACUAAAACUGAGGCAAUUGGCACGAUCUGCAGCGGCAGCAGCAGCAGCUAGGAGAGUGCUUGGCAAUUUAGAAAUGGUAACCACACAAGCUGGAGGGCAUUGCACAUCACCAACAUCUCAUCUUUUAGAACGAACAAAUCGUACUGCAGCAUGUAACACAUUCACAGUUGAUCCUCAAAAUGUCUUCAAGCCAACGGAGCCCAUUUCAGACUCCAGAAAUGAAGAUAUCUAGAUGUUUGUCUGUGACUAGUUUAGUUGUUAAUAACUGAAAUAUGGGACUCCUCUUGUCUGUGUAACGACUCUUAUCACAUUAUCCCUUAAUUUGGUCUUAAAGAUGAUCUUAGGGAAAUCUUUUCCUCAUGGAGACUUGAGUAAAUAUAUCAUUUUCUGAGAUACUAUGGGAUGAAU